AUGUUUCCUUACACCCGAACUGCCCAUGUCCAUUCCCCUUCCUUCUGUCCUGAUCCAUGUCAGCCAUUCCUCUCAUCCGACACUGCCUACGAACAGGCUUUCAACGAAGAGAUACAGGGUAUCCUAUGGAGGAUGGAGAGCUCCAAGGGUUCCGGCGAGGCGCUGUCUACUUUGCCACUUCCUCUACCCGACACUACCUCCUCUCCUUUCCGGUUCUCUCCCCUCCUCUCCCGUCAGCCCACCUUCUCGCAUGUUGAGCCCAGCCCUUCGCAGCCCACCAGUGACAUUUUCAGCAUCCCUACCGAAGUCGACGCAUUUCUCGAUAUCAUCGAGGAUGACGCCAGCCCCACCCCGUACUGGGGAGCUAUGGAAGCAGGGGCUCUCUCCACCCGCUCUCAGCCACUUAUGCCUUGUCUCGUGUCUUCCUCGUCUCGUGCGGAGGCCAUGCCUACAUGUAAUCGCCGCCACUCUAGCGCUCACGUCAACCCACCCCACCUCGGUCCCAGCCCGAGCUUUGUUUCCAUACCUGCUCCUUCUUCUUCCUUCGAUCGCUCUCGCACCGUCCCCCAUAGCCAUUCGAGGACAAUCUACAGCUCUACCCAGGCCACGCUUGGUGACAGCUUCAUCCCGAGAAGUCGGCGGUUCUCAGCCCCGGAUAUCAGCAAUGAUGUUCUAUGGGGAGCGUCAGGGGGUCUGACAGAGAAACCCAUCAAGAGAGGAGAUCUGAAGGUAAGGAAUGAACAGCAGGAAAAACAAGUCAAGAAGGAGAGGAAGAGGAUGAAGGCGGCAGCUCUCGCGGCUGAGAAAGAGCGGGUCAGGGCGAAGAAGAUCCUGGAUUUGUCAUACGCCCCCCGAGAGAAACAAGGUCCUGAACAGGGGAAAGAUAAGGCCGCUAUUGCCACCAAGCGCUUUGUUGAUUCCGAGCACCCCGCCCCUCCAAAGACUGAUAGCAUCACUGUGAAGCUUCUAGUCGUCAGAGAGGAGACUAAAGGUUCUUUGAAGCUGGGAAGCAAAAAGACUAGCUCUGGGACUAGUCAGCAGAUCAGAAAAGUCACCGUAAAGUCCCUUGCCACCUUACACGCCCCAUCACCUUCACCCUUUUUCGCUCCAAGUACCAGUGACUCGUCUCAAAAAAAGCGCCACCGUCCAAAGUCUGCCGAGAGGGAGAUCGAGGACGAAAGCAAAUCCCAGCCUCCUGGGAAGAAGCCAAAGUGCCAUGGCACCUUAGACAGGGGUAAAAAGGGUGUAAUCCCUGUUGUAGGCAUGAUGCGGUACUCUGCUGAGGAGGAUCAAAUGAUUCUCCAAUCAUGGGACGGCCGACCGCCUCUCUCGGCGGAUACCCUUACGAGAAUGCAGACUUCUAUGGCCAUGAACGGACAUCCUCCCAGAUCCAUUGCGGCUCUCAAGUAUCGUGCCCACCACAAUCUCAAGCCACAAUUCGACGAGAAGCGCCUGGCCUUGGCUGCCAAACGCGGUAGGCGAUAA